AUGGUCCCCGUGGAGCCAAUCAGUCUGAGUAUAGGAGUAGCCGCCCUAUUUACAACAUGCGUCGAGUGUUUCGAAUACUUCAAGGCAGCCAAAGGUUUCGAGCAAAACUUCGAAGUUCUUCUGGUCAAGCUAGAAUACCAACAAGAGCGUCUUCUAGUCUGGGGAGACCUUGCUGGAGUCUGCAAUGGGGAGCAGCAAAAUGCGGGGUCUCACUCCGAGAGCGACCACAAACGCCAGGAUCUGACCAAAAGAUGCCUUGACAGUAUCCGACACCUUCUGAAAGAUACCGAAAUUCUCACAAAUAGAUACGGGCUACGAGCGUACACUCCUGCCGAUGAUACAGUCCCACAAUCAGGUAUCAGCUCCAACGCCCUCAAACGUUUUCGUCUUCGAUUGCGUCGACAGUCUCAAGGACCCGGCGUUCUCGAUAAGACUAGGUGGGCCAUCCAUGAUGAGACAAAGUUCCAGAAGCUCGUAGACGAUAUCCGAGACUUGAUCGAUGGUUUGAAUGAAACGGUGCCUGUGUCAUCGGAGUUGGAAGAACAGAAAGUACAGGACGAUAUCGCAUCAAUGGUCGACGAUAUCCAAAGCCUCCAUUUAUUCCAAGAAGCAUGUAAAGAUGACUAUCCCAAGUGGUGGACAGCAGCAAGCGCGGCGAUCGAUGCAUCUGAUGUUACUACCCUCGACAACCGAUUGGCGGACGAACGUCUAGAGCGCUAUGAGCUUCCAAUUCAGGGCGGUUCGGGUGCGGAGGUUGGUGUUCCCAUGAUACCAACGCAUUUUGGCGAUCAAAAAGGCACUGUCCGUACUCAUUCCGCUCCCGGGUAUCGCAUUACAAAACAUAUCCACCCGCAAUAUUUCACCUACGUGAACUUAGGAAACUACGUUGAGAACUUGGACGCUUUAAAGGUUGACGCAAUAACGGAAGGAAAACCUGCGCCCGAAGUAGACGCCCGUCAUCGCGUCAGAGUGUACAUAUAUUGCCCACCUUGUGCAUGUCAGGUUGCUACUGCUUUUGACAUAUGCGAGUACAGCGACAAGAAGGAUUUUGUGGAGUUCUGUAUUCGAAUCGAUCAUCGCCAAAGGACAAGCUGUUCAGCGUCAGUCUCCAGGAUUGAAGGACUUGUCUCAGUCAUUGAUCACCUUAAAGAGAAAGAGAAGAAUUACCAAGGAUCGCAUCUUGAUUUCGAAAUGGACCGGCUGAAAGCGAUCGACCGCGAGUGGCUGGAACGGCAAAUCUACCACUACACGGAGGAGGAUCGCUUAGCAACGCUGUCCCCAGCAAACCAGCUUGCACGCAUUGCUGAGCUCCACAAGGCUGAAGGACAAUGCGCGGCUAUCAUUCUGCUUGGAGAGGCAGACUACUGCAUCCCGCUCAUGGGAGCGCUGCCGUUUCGUCCGUUUGAGCCAGGUGGACUGCCUCGGGAAACCUAUCUCUUCAGGAGCUGGCAAAAGUACGACCCGCUGCUCAAGGGCUGGUGCUGGGAGAGGGAUUACAUGGGGACAUACUCAUCAAAAGCUCCGUUGCCACCUAGAAGGCCAGUACCUGCAGACUCGGAUACAACGCAGAUGUUGGAGAGCGCUCAGCGCAUUUCCAAACGACCCAGAAGCUCGACCUCGGAGGAAGGCUCUUCACCUCUUGUAAUCUGA